AUGCGUGCUCUGUCUUUCCUCGCCCUCGCGGCCCCGCUUGUUUCUGCUAUCCAGUUUGAAGCUCCCGUGGCCAACUCUACCAUCUUGAAGGGCGACACUGUCAACGUCAAGUGGUCCUUUGUCGACACUGACCCCACGAAGUUCAGUAUCUACCUUGUCAACUUUGUCGACUGGCCUCCCUUCUAUACCCAAGUGGCCUCCGAUGUCCCGACGGAUGCUGGAGAAUGGAAAGUCAAGGUUCCUUGCGAUGUGAACACCUCUUGGGGCUUCCAAUUCAACGCCAUCAACGGCACGAACGUCUAUGUCAUUCAUGCUCAGACCCCUCGCUUCUUUGUCAAGGAUGGUACCUGCUCCGGCGAGGCUGAUGAGCCAACUGAGGGCAACACUUGCAAGCCUGUCACCGUUACGACCACUGUGACCGCCACUAGCACUGUUACCUCUUGUCCCAAUGCUGAGCAGACCUCAACCGCAAUGGCUUCGCAGCAGCCCGCCUCCUCUGAGGCUAAGCCUACUGUUAAAGGUAGUGUUGAUGGCCCUGCCCAGCCGGCUGUGACCAACCCCCCUGUGGGCCCCAAUGAGUCUCAAAACUACGGCAUUACGAGGACGAUCUACCAGACCGUUUACGCCGACCUCUCCGAAGCUGAUGGCUGUGUGUGCUGA